CAUCAACAUUCAUACAGAAGCAACAAAAAUAAAAGUGAAGUGUGAAAAAAUAUUUUGCAAGAGUGUGUUAAUGGAAGAAGGGAAAGGAAGAGUUUGUGUGACUGGAGGUACAGGGUUUAUUGGUUCAUGGAUUAUUAAGAGACUCCUUGAAGAUGGUUACACUGUUAAUACCACUGUUAGAUCUAAUCCAGCAGGCCAAAAGAAAGAUGUUAGCUACCUCACAAAUCUUCCAAAUGCAUCUCAAAACCUACAAAUUUUCAACGCUGAUCUUUGCAACCCAGAAAGUUUCGAUGCAGCAAUUGAAGGGUGCAUUGGAAUAUUCCACACAGCUACUCCAAUUGAUUUUGAAGAGAACGAACGGGAGGAAAUAGUGACAAAAAGAACCAUUGAUGGAGCAUUAGGAAUUCUAAAAGCAUGCAAAAAUUCAAAGACAGUGAAAAGAGUUAUUUACACUUCAAGUGCUUCUGCUGUGUAUAUGCAAGACAAAGAAGAAGAUGUAAUGGAUGAAAGUUAUUGGAGUGAUGUGAAUAUUCUUAGAAAUUUGAAGCCUUUUGCUUGGUCAUAUGCUGUUUCUAAAACCCUAGCUGAGAAAGCUGUUCUUGAAUUUGGAGAACAACAUGGUUUGGAUAUUGUAACUCUUGUACCAAGUUUUGUUGUUGGACCCUUUAUUUGCCCUAAGCUUCCUGGCUCUAUCUUUAGUUCACUAGCUUUCUUAUUUGGUGAUAUUGACAAUAAUCCAUUGGCAGCCUCUCGUCUCCAUAUGGUGCAUGUUGAUGAUGUGGCAAGAGCACAUAUAUUCUUACUUGAACAUCCUAAUCCAAAAGGAAGAUAUAAUUGUUCACCAUUCCUUGCAACUAUUGAUGAAAUAGUUCACAUUGUUUCUUCCAAGUACCCUAAAUUUCAAAUACCAACAUCCAAAGAGCUUAUGGGAGUUAAAGGUCCUAAGCUUCCACAUUUAACCUCAAAGAAACUCAUGGAUGAUGGAUUCAAGUUCAAGUAUAGCCUUGAGGAAAUGUUUGAGGACGCAAUUGAAUGUUGCAAGGAAAACGGUUAUCUUUGAAUCAUGAAGUUAACAAGAUUAUUUAUAGUAUUAAUAAAUCGCUAGAUCUUCCACCUGUGCUAUCGCACGGGUCAUAUAUAGUUCACAAUAUCACUUGAAAAUAGAUUACAAUUAGUGGUUGUGAUAUGUUAUGAAGACUGUGUAAAAAACUCUUGUCUUUAUAUUAAUCUGUUUUAUUAAAUAACUUUUUUCCUGUCUGUUUUUCUC